GACUUCCUUCGUGUUGCGGAACAGCUGACUGCGCAGGGACUGGUGCGACGGAGCGCGAGUAUUUUUUUCAAGAAAAUUGCGUGACCUUUUUGGGGGGUUUAAAAUAUAUAUUUUUUGAAGGAAAAAAAUGGCUGAGACGGACCCCAAGUCGGUGCAGGACCUUACAAAUGUGGUCCAGACCUUGCUGCAACAGAUGCAAGACAAGUUCCAGACCAUGUCAGACCAGAUCAUCGGGAGGAUUGAUGAGAUGAGCACACGGAUUGAUGACCUGGAGAAGAACAUCGCUGACCUGAUGACCCAGGCAGGUGUGGAAGAAAAUGAGGCAACACCCGAAAAGCCGAAAGAGGGUCAAGGCUCCUCGUGAAGGUUCCUAGAGACACGCAGUCUGAUGCUAUGUACUGGUGCAGUGGAGUUCCAAUCCUGAGGAUGACAUUGAUUUGAUGUUUGUGUGAUUUUUUAAAAUAUAUAUAUAUGUAUACACACAGACUGACUAUUGUGACAAACUGUUAUAUGUAUUGAUUUUUUUGGGGGGGGGGAGGGGAGGGGGGGGUCUGAACGUUAUUUGUAAGGUAGAGUAGUGUGGUUUGCUUGUUAGAAUUUUAGAAUGCUUUUGUGCACAAAUACAAAUUGAUUUAGUGCACUGACCAGGGUGUUGUCCGAUAUCAUAGCAGAUUCUUGUGACGUGCUGGUUGAUGGAGGCGGUUGCCCAGGGCUGUUGUGACAAAUUCACAUUGGAGAACAUCAUUACAGUGGCAGACAAUACUGUUAAUGAGGUGUGAGAUGCAUUCCAACGGAGAUUUCCUUCUAUUAAAAAUAUUUACUAAAACGCAGUUGUACUGUAUUACACAGGUUAAAGUUGGUGCUAGGACAUAUUUUGUAUAUAAUUAACUACGAGGUGCUUUUCAACUGUUUCAAUGCAAGUUAAUAUCUCAUGACUUAUGUUCACUCUGUACGCUUUAGUUCAUCCAAAUAAACUGGGUGUUUCCAACUGAAAA